CGCUCACGUGACCCGCGCUCCUGUCACUCCGGCCGCGGGCGGCUUCCUCCUGCCAGAGCCUCCCUCAACGUCUCCUCGGUCGCGGUUCUUGCCGCUUCUGGCCCCGACUCUCCUCAGCAGCUCGAGCCCAGGCCGCGCAGGAAGCGCCCCUCGGCUGGGACUCGGCGCCGCGCCUGACCUGGCCUGGACUUUGCGCCGCCGCGCCCGUCCUGGUCCUCGCAGUUCUGAAAAACAUUAAGGAUCAUCAAUUUAGAUGACCAAGAUGGAUAUUCGAGGUGCUGUGGACGCCGCCGUCCCUACGAACGUUAUUGCGGCCAAGGCUGCCGAGGUUCGAGCCAGUAAAGUAAACUGGCAGUCUUACCUUCAAGGGCAGAUGAUUUCUGCUGAAGAUUGUGAAUUUAUUCAGAGGUUUGAAAUGAAAAGAACUCCUGAAGAGAAGCAAGAGAUGCUUCAAGCUGAAGGCAGCCAGUGUGCUAAGACAUUUAUAAAUCUGAUGACUCACAUCUCCAAAGAGCAGACAGUGCAGUACAUACUUACUGUGGUUGAUGACAUGCUGCAGGAAAAUCACCAGCGUGUCAGCAUCUUCUUUGACUACGCGAAACGCAGCAAGAACACGGCCUGGCCCUACUUCCUGCCCAUGUUGAACCGCCAGGACCCCUUCACUGUUCAUAUGGCAGCAAGAAUAAUUGCCAAGUUAGCAGCUUGGGGAAGAGAACUGAUGGAAGGCAGUGACUUAAAUUACUACUUCAACUGGAUAAAAACUCAGCUGAGUUCACAGAAACUUCGUGGCAGCGGUGUUGCUGUUGAAACAGGAACAGUCUCUUCAAGUGAUAGCUCUCAGUACGUGCAGUGUGUCGCCGGGUGUCUGCAGCUCAUGCUCCGGGUCAAUGAGUACCGCUUUGCCUGGGUGGAAGCAGACGGCGUAAACUGCAUCAUGGGUGUUUUGAGUAACAAAUGUGGUUUUCAACUCCAGUACCAAAUGAUUUUUUCAAUAUGGCUCCUGGCAUUCAGUCCUCAAAUGUGUGAACACCUGCGGCGCUACAAUAUCAUUCCUGUUCUCUCUGACAUCCUUCAAGAAUCUGUCAAAGAGAAAGUAACAAGAAUCAUCCUUGCAGCAUUCCGUAACUUUUUAGAAAAAUCAACUGAAAGAGAAACUCGUCAGGAGUAUGCCCUGGCUAUGAUUCAGUGCAAGGUUCUGAAACAGUUGGAGAACUUGGAGCAGCAGAAGUACGACGACGAAGACAUCAGUGAAGAUAUCAAGUUUCUUUUGGAAAAGCUCGGUGAGAGUGUCCAGGACCUUAGUUCCUUUGAUGAAUACAGCUCAGAACUUAAAUCUGGAAGGUUGGAAUGGAGUCCUGUGCACAAAUCUGAGAAAUUUUGGAGAGAAAAUGCUGUGAGGUUAAAUGAGAAGAAUUAUGAACUCUUAAAAAUCUUGACUAAACUUCUGGAGGUGUCAGACGACCCCCAAGUCUUAGCUGUUGCUGCUCAUGAUGUUGGAGAGUACGUGCGCCAUUACCCACGAGGCAAACGGGUGAUUGAGCAGCUCGGGGGGAAGCAGCUGGUGAUGAACCACAUGCAUCACGAAGACCAGCAGGUCCGCUACAACGCCCUGCUGGCCGUGCAGAAGCUCAUGGUGCACAACUGGGAGUAUCUUGGCAAACAGCUCCAAUCUGAGCAGCCUCAGACUGCUGCUGCCCGAAGCUGAACUGGCCUCUGGUCCUGCCCUGACCCCGUGCUGGGCUGCCUGGAGUGGGACCUUCCACACUUGGGGUCAAGAAGAAAUAAUUUUUCAUUUCACUAUUAAUUUUCUUCCGUUGUGUAGCUUUUCCUAGUGCUAACUUCCAAAAAUAGUUUGCUUGUUAAGUUGUAUACAAGUACUUUCUAAGAAAAUGUUACUGUUACAUAUAUUGCUUGCAGUUUCUAGAUUUAUUGUUCUCAGGAAAUGUAUGUAAUUAUUAAAAGAGUCUCACUCCA